CAGCCCCAGCAUGGCAACCAGCCCCAGGAUCAGCAGAGUAUAUAGAGCCUGUGCAGGCAGCACAGUGCUAGGGCCCCCUGACAGACGGCCAGGAUGGCUGUGCAGCUGCUGUUGGCAGACCUGGUUCUGCUCACCUUGUUCACCAGCAGAGCGGACGAGCCCAGCUGCUCUCCGUACGGGAGCACCGAGCUGUCCAUGUUCUCCAAGGAGGGGGACUUUAACAUCGGAGGCAUCUUCUCCUUCCACCAGAACCCCGUCGCGGGGAAUCCAGCCCUGCGGGAGAACCCGGGGAACAUUCGGUGCGAGGGGCUGGACCCAGGUGAGCUGCAGUACGCCCAGACGAUGGUGUUUGCCGUAGAAGAAAUCAACAACAGUUCGGAGCUGCUCCCGGAUGUGUCUCUGGGCUACAGGAUCUACGACUCGUGCCCCAGCAUCCCUCUGUCUGUAAGGGCCUCCCUGUCCCUGAUGAACAGGUAUGAGGAGCAAGCAGGGAACUGCUCCAAGCCCUCCACUGUGUACGCCGUCAUAGGGGAGACCACCUCCACCUCCACCAUAGGCAUCGCAAGCACUAUGGGGCCCUUCCACAUACCUGUGAUCAGCCACUCAGCCACCUGUGCGUGUCUGAGUGACAGGAGAGCCUACCCCUCCUUCUUCAGGACCAUCCCCAGUGACCUCUACCAGAGUCGGGCCCUGGCCAAGCUGGUGAAGCACUUCGGCUGGACCUGGGUGGGGGCCAUCCGGACCAACAGCGACUACGGCAACAACGGCAUGGCGGCCUUCCUGGAGGCGGCCAAGGCUGAGGGCGUGUGCGUGGAGUACUCCCUGCCGAUCUACAGGACGGACCCCAGGAAGUGGUUCCUGAAGGUGGUGGACGUCAUCAGAGAGUCCACCUCCAGGGUGAUCGUGGCGUUUGCGGAUGGCACUGACCUGGACAUCCUGGUGAAGGAGCUGUUCCUGCAGAAUGUCACAGGGCUCCAGUGGGUGGGCAGCGAGGGCUGGAUCACCUACCGCUACAUUGCCUCCCCCAUCUUCUACGCCGUGGUCCAGGGGGCAGUGGGCUUCGCCGUGCCCAACGCCCACAUCCCCGGACUGGGGGAGUUCAUGGCCUCCAGCCGGCCUUCCGUCAGGCCUGGUGACCGUGGGCUGGUGGAGUUGUGGGAAGGCGUGUUCGGCUGCUUGCUUGAUCCGUCCUCGGGGGGCGGGGCGGGGCCGUGCAGCGGGGCGGGGCCGUGCAGCGGGGUGGGGCCGUGCAGCGGGGAGGAGUCCCUGAGGAACACGGACUCCCGCUUCACGGACGUGACAGACGCCAGCCUGCUCAACAACGUGUACAAGGCCGUGUACGCCGUGGCCCACGCGCUGCACCUGCUGCUCACCUGCCGGCCGGGACGAGGACCCUUCCAGAACAACACGUGUGCCAGCAGGGACAACAUCCAGCCCUGGCAGGUGUUCCACGCGUUGAACCUGGUGAACUUCACCACCAAGCACGGAGAGAGGGUGUUCUUCGACGAGCAGGGUGACCCGGCGGCUCGCUACGCUCUGGUCAACUGGCAGAUGGACGCCACGGGCUACGUCCUGUUUGAGACCAUCGGCUACUACGACGCCUCGCAGCCUGACGGUCAGCAGUUUGAGAUGACGGACGGUGUGGAAGCUGUGUGGGCCGGCCUGAGAACAGAGGUCCCCCGGUCUGUCUGCAGCGAGAGCUGCCUGCCAGGCACGCGCCGAGCUUUCGUGAAGGGCAAACCUCUCUGCUGCUUCGACUGCCUCCCCUGCGCCGACAGAGAGUUCAGCAACACCACAAGUGAGCCUGCUGGACUAGUGGCCUUGUUAGCCCUCCUCCUGUUCCUGCUGAGGAGAAUCACAGGCAGAACUCUGCUGCUCUUCCUGAGGAUGUCCCUGUUGCACUGCUUAAACGUGUUUCUGCUUUCAGACGCAGUCACGUGUGACACCUGCCCUCCAGAGUACAACUCAAACCAAGACAGGAAUUCCUGUGAUUUGAAACGCAUCGAGUUCCUAACCUUCCAUGAGCUGAUGGGGGUUCUGCUGGUGACCUUGUCUGUGUUUGGAGGUUGUCUCACCAUGACGAUAGCUUUCAUAUUCUUCCACUACAGACAGACGCCCAUCGUCAGGGCCAACAACUCAGAGCUCAGCUUCCUGCUCCUCUUCUCCCUGACUCUGUGUUUCCUGUGUUCUCUCACCUUCAUCGGCCGGCCCUCUGAGUGGUCCUGUAUGCUGCGCCACACGGCGUUUGGGAUUACCUUUGUCCUCUGCAUCUCUUGUGUUCUGGGGAAGACUAUAGUGGUACUGAUGGCCUUCAGGGCUACGCUUCCAGGAAGUGAUGUCAUGAAAUGGUUUGGGCCUUUACAGCAGAGACUCAGUGUCCUGGCUUUCACUCUCAUCCAGGUCCUGAUCUGUGUGCUGUGGUUAACAAUCUCCCCUCCUUUCCCCUUUAAGAACAUGGAACACUAUAAUGACAGGAUCAUUCUAGAAUGUGCCUUAGGUUCUGCUGUGGGAUUCUGGGCUGUGCUGGGGUAUAUAGGACUCCUGGCUCUCUUGUGCUUUGUCCUGGCUUUCCUGGCCCGAAAGCUGCCUGAUAACUUCAAUGAAGCCAAGUUCAUCACCUUCAGCAUGUUGAUAUUCUGUGCUGUCUGGAUCACCUUUAUCCCAGCUUAUGUCAGCUCUCCUGGGAAGUUCACUGUAGCUGUGGAGAUCUUUGCCAUCCUGGCCUCCAGUUUUGCUUUGUUGAUAUGCAUAUUUGUGCCUAAAUGCUACAUAAUUUUACUGAAGCCAGAAACCAACACUAAAAAACACAUGAUGGGUAAGAUGUCUGCAAAAGGCCUUUAAAGUGCACAUUGAAAAUGGAUGUUAUUUGGUAUAUUUGAAUGGAAAUGCUAGGACAUAAUCAUAUAUACCCAUGCUUAUCAUUAAACAAUCUAACCAGUUUAAUUACUGCUUUUGCCUUUGAUUCAGAUGUGAUCAUCGUUGUUAUCUGCCUGUGAUUGCUGUAGGCCCAAUCUUGAUUUGUAAAUAAACUGAAAUCUCUGACUUCAGUC